UUGGUCCGUUUGACAGACAGCUGAACUGACCACUGCGGUUAACACUACCGCGCGCACAACCUACCGUGCUGACUAGCGAGCUAGCUGCCGACACAACUCCAGCUGAGAGGAAGCAACGGCAGGAAAGUAAAGCAGAUGAGGUCCAGGAUUCGUAAUAAAAUGUGCUGUAGCCGGGCCCUUGUCACCGGAUGGGUUCUGCUGCUGUUCCAGCUGCGGUGUUUAGAGGCAGUGCCCAUCAGUAUGGAUAAGACAAAAGUCAAAGAGCCAGAGAAAACACCUGAAGAGCCUCCAGCUAGUGUGGACACUGGGCUCCACUACGACCGCUACCUCAGGGAAGUCAUCGAUUUUCUAGAGAAAGAUCAACAUUUCAGAGAAAAGCUCCACAAUACAGACAUGGAAGACAUCAAGCAAGGUAAGCUGGCCAAAGAGCUGGACUUUGUCAGCCAUCAUGUCAGAACAAAACUGGAUGAGUUGAAGAGGCAGGAGGUAAACCGACUCCGAACUCUUAUUAAGGCCAAGCAAGACCUUGAAGGAGGGAAUGACAUAGCAGUGGACCACCAGGCUCUGCUAAAACAGUUUGAGUACUUGAACCACAUGAACCCACAUACAUUUGAAGUGGAUGACCUGGAUCGGCUCAUCAAAUCGGCCACUAAAGAUCUGGAGAACUAUGACAAAGAGAGACACGAUGAGUUCAAGAAGUAUGAAAUGAUGAAAGAGCACGACAGACGAGAGCACCUGAAAACACUGGACGAGGAUGAAAGAAAGAAAGAGGAAGAGCACUAUGAGGAGAUGAGGAAGAAGCAUGCUGACCACCCGAAAGUCAACCACCCGGGUAGCCAGAAUCAACUGAAGGAGGUGUGGGAGGAAGCUGAUGGUUUGGACCCUGAAGAUUUUGACCCUAAGACCUUUUUCAACCUGCACGAUACCAAUGGAGAUGGCUUUUUUGAUGAACAGGAAUUGGAGGCAUUGUUCACCAAAGAGCUGGAAAAAAUGUAUGACCCCACCAAUGAAGAAGAUGACAUGGUGGAGAUGGAGGAAGAGAGGCUACGUAUGAGAGAGCAUGUUAUGAAUGAGGUGGAUUCUAACAAAGACAGGCUGGUUUCUUUAGAUGAGUUCCUGGUUGCCACAAAGAAAAAGGAAUUCUUGGAGCCAGAUAGCUGGGAGACCCUGGAGCAGAACCAGGCUUACACAGACGAGGAGAUGAGGGAGUUUGAGGAGCAUCUUGCUCAGCAGGAACAGGACCUCAACCUGAAGGCUGUUGACCUCCAGAAACAGAGAGAUGAGCUGGAGAGACAACAGGAGCAGCUUAAUGCACAGAAAAUUGAGCUGCAACAGGCAGUUGAGCAUAUGGAACGGCUGAAAUCACAGAAAGUAGAACCCCCUCCAGAGGUUCACGUUGAAGGAAAUGCUAUCCCAGAGCUACAUGCAGUUGACAACCAAUUGCAUCCUGAACAAGAGGCCCAAGCACAAGGGCAUCAACCUGCACCUCAAGCUCCUCAAGAUACACCUCAGGAACACCAUGAACAACAAAAUCAAGACCUGGCCCAACAUGGUCUCCCCCAGACACACCAGGAUCUGCCACCAGGCCACCAAGAAGCUGCACAAGGCCAGCAUAACCUGCCAUAAGAAUGCUGUCAGAACUUGAACCUCCUCAACCAGACUUUUGCAGCACCUGCAAUGAGAGUCCUUCCUGAGUAUUAGGCCUCUUUAACCAGCAUGACUUAGAGGUUUGAAGGACGCUUGAGGUGAAGGAGAGCAGCACAAAAGGAACCCCUGUUGAAUGACACCACUGUUUGAUAAUAACUGUAAUCGUUGGAUUACAUAACGGAAUUACAAUAGUAAAAUGACCGACCAUCUUAAAAUGUGCAUACUUACAUUUUCAAGUUGUGUUUGAUUACAUUAGAAAUCAUCAAAAAUGUUUGGUAAUACAAUUAUACAAAAAUAUAAUUUUGGUCAGCUGUCUUGACCUGCUGUUUGCUGUUCAAAGUACAGAACCUCUACCAAUGACUUGCUACUGUCUCCACAACCUGAUAGGUUUGAUUCAAGAGCCUUUUGGAUAUGCACAGUGCAGCUGUUGAGGGGGAUAAUGUGUAAAAUGUAAUUUUGAUUUGAUCAUUCUGACUUAGAUUUUCUGACUUGACUAUCAAGAUACCCCCAAACAUCUUAAAAAAAAAAAAUUUGUUUACAUGUGUGCGUUUCACUGGACUAUAGUAAACAUUUUAGAAACUGAAUGCAAGAGACAUUUUUUUUAUAUUUUCUAUUAUAGCAUUAUACUUGCCUAAAAGUUCAAAAGACACAUUAUAGCAAUUUUAACCAGUAUACAGCACAGGAACCAUUUCACUUAAAAAGUAAAUGUAAGGACUUUUACAAGUCUGACUGGACUACAAGGGUCUGGUCAAAUCUUUGUAGAAUACACCGUUCCAUCAUCUCCAGCUGCCACGCUCACUAAAUAUGAUCUUUUAACCAGAAACACCCCCAUGAAGCCAGGUUUCUCAGAGUCCUUAUACUUUUGUCAAGAAAUAAUUUUACCAAUACUUUUGCUACUUUCGUAAUGUUGAUUCUGGUUGCUGUCAUAACCUGUCAGCUGUUUACCUACCUUGAAACAUAGUCAGAUUUUCUCAACUGUAGAAAAAAUGUGUGCGCUGCCUAAAAAGACAUCGGGUACAGGACUACUGGCUAUUUUUGGGCCACACUGCAGCUGCUCUCCAUUGAUUUUGAUGUUAAAUAAAUAAAGGUGCUAGGUUCUUUAAAUAAAAAUAGGUAUGGAAUAUCCCACCAUUCAACAAACAUGUUCCCCUACUUCAUCACAGCCCUGCAGAUGCUUAUUAUAUGGGAGUAUUUGGUUACAGUAUGGGCGGCCAAAUGUGGCCUCUGAAAUAUUAGAUUUGCUUUGGUACACUUAACAGCAUGAUGGGCAUUUUAAUUUUGGUCUAUUAUUCAUGCACAAAAUGUGUAUGUGACAUGUUUAUUUAUGAGUUGAUCAUAAUUGAUCGUGAUUUUUAAUUUGUUUAAUAAAACAGUUUUGAUGUUAAGAAGCAAUUGAGGUGUAGACUUUUCAGUUAGAAAUUUUAAUCAGAAAAAAGGGCAAAGCUCUGACUCUGAUAUUACCAGUUUUCUUUUCAUUGUCUGAUUAAUAUUGUCUUGGAAGUGUGAUAUCAUGUAAACCUCUGAUUUGCAUUCAGUUCACAUCAUUGUAUUUGGCACCAAAUGUGUAUUACUUGGUCCCAAUUUGACAAACUUAAUCAGCAUGGCAUAUUUUCCCUCAGAUUACCAGUUUGGUGUAGGUUGCUGUUUUCAUGUAAUGUUGUGGUUUCUUCCGGCUGGCAGACUGUGGCCAUGGCAAACAGGUGUUGACUUAUUGACACUUUUUUAGAAGGCUGCAUUUGCGAGUGGUGAAAUUACAGGUCUGCCUUAUUGUGGUUUACUUUAUACAAAAUUCAGACAUGGAAUACAUACUGUACUUUUACAUACGGUUUUCUUUUUGCGGUGUUUGUUUUCUGUGUGCUAACUGUUCAUUUAAGACAAUACUGCAUCAUAAUUUGCACAACACGUACAGAUGGUGUUUUCCGAUCGCUUGCUGCUGGAUACAAUACAGUCAUUUGACAAUACUGUACACCUCAGUUCAAGAUAAUAAAACAGUUAUGACCUUUCA